AUGUUCUCCUUGCAUCCGUCUUGCAUUAUCAGUUAUUGGUCUUCGAUUCGGCUACCCAAUCGGCACAACUUUGAGUUGCAUGCUCGCUGCCCUUUCUGUGCAGUACCUGUAAAUCCUACUCCCGUGCGUCUUAUCUUCCCGGGUGAUAUUGACCUUGAUGAUCUAAUGCCUCCAGACACAGAACAAGAGUCCCGCACACCGUCACCAUCGUCGUCACCUUCUCCGCCUGCCUCCCCAGUCCCCAUUGUUCCCAUCCGUCCGCCUCUGGGCUCGUCAGCUUCAGCAUUUUCUGUCCCAUUUGCUUCUCAAUCCACUGUCUCUCUCGCGACUCCUGUAGGAACCACGUGUUUAACAACAAAUCAGGCUGCAACCUCGCCUCAGAUGCUUCUCUAA